AUGUCAGGAGUCAUCGAAGCAAUUGGCCUGAUCUCCGGUGCCCUCGGAAUCAUCCAGUUCGGAAUCGACAACUUCCCCCAGGCCAAAUCAGUCGACUCAGUAGUUCGUAUCACGACUGGUCUAGAUACCCCUGGUGGCCUCAACAAUGCUGGUGGUAGUCUUCCAGACGUCCGCCUCUUCAACGAAGCCGGGAAAUUCCUCGGUCUCAAGAAGGACCCUGGUGGGAUCCAGGACGGCGGCUUCGCCGACGUGACUAUUAGCCACGAAGGUGAUAGCACCCAGCAACCCACCUAUACCCUCUUCACAGCCAACUCGAACGCCAUCUGCAUCGCCUACGCUACCAUCACCCUGCCCAGCCAAGACAAGUACUCCUGGGUAGGAGACUGGGGUCGCCAGUGCGGCGCCUCCUGGUACUACUCGCACGUAUACAUCGGCAGCACAGGCAUAACACCCGACUGCAUGUGGAUCGACAGCAACAACGACCAGCCCCAAAGCGGGUUCCAACUGCACUGGCCCGAGUUCUACGUGAAGAAGGGGGACAGCCUACCCGCCGACCCGAAGGAGCAAACCGACAAGAUAAACUUCUUCUGCAGCCAGCAGCCCGCGUUCAAAUACUACAACUUCGCCACGGACCCCGACCCAACCGCGAUCAGCACCUGGCCCAUCACCAACCCGCGCUCAGAGCCCGAGAUCUCCUACGGGGCCCCGAAGUACGCCGAAUCAGCGAAAUUCCGGCGAGGAACGCAAUACCCGCGCCAAAGCAGCAACACGACGAACCCGCAGCCGAACCGGCUCGUCAUCAGCAACAGCAAGCACCACACGGCCGACGGCCUGUGCAAAAGCGCUACCUCGUACGGCCCUGACUUUGUGAACACCGCUGCGGGCAGUUUCUGCCGUAUGUCGGACAAAAAGCAGUUCCCGGUGUGCAGCAAGACGGUGACGGAUAACUGCUUCAACACUGGCUCGAAGCAGUUGAUUGUGAAUGGCUUGGCUACGCGCGCGGAUGCUUAUACGGAUAUUUUGGAUUGGACUGAGUAG